CCCCGCUCCGAGCUCUGACGCGCGUGUGACGUUAAUGAGGUGGCUAUCAAUUUGUUAUGGCAGGACGGGGAAGAGGUGGAGUUCCCUCAUCACACGAUUCAGCCCGUAGCCUUUUCCUGCAUACCAGUGGAUCGCAGUAGCGAGUGCUGAAGCUCAACGGUGGCCAGAAGUGUCAUCCCCCUGUAAAUAGUCUUGUUUGUAAUAUAGACCAACACGGUUCAGGCUGAGAUUGUCUGUACAUAAGGACGGUCACUUCAAGUAGUGACACGGGAGUGAAUGAAUUUUGCCUAUAGUUCUCUUUUUCUUCUCAUUCGGAGCGCGUAUAUCCAUGUGGAAUGACUUGUGAAUACGCGCUUGUGAAUCUUUUCGACUGUGGAAGGAGGUGGAAUUUGUCUGUCUGUUAAGGAGCGAUAUAAGCUGCCUUAAUCAAAACCGCAGCAAAUUCCCGCAGCAAUACCUACAAAAACACAGCCUACCACCAUGGUGAUCAUGACAGAGAACCGGUCGGGGGCUCUGCCCAACCCUGCGCAGGGCAGGCCCCUCCAGGUCGGCUUCUAUGAAAUCAUCCGCACGCUGGGCAAGGGCAACUUCGCCGUUGUCAAGCUGGCCAGGCACAAAGUCACCAAAACACAGGUCGCUAUCAAAAUCAUUGAUAAGACCCGGUUGAACUCUUCCAACCUGGAGAAGAUCUACCGAGAGGUGCAAAUCAUGAAGCUGCUUAACCACCCUCACAUCAUCAAACUCUACCAGGUUAUGGAGACGAAAGACAUGCUCUACAUUGUCACGGAAUACGCGAAAAAUGGAGAGAUGUUCGACUACCUGACCACCAACGGUCGGCUGAGUGAGGACGAGGCUCGCAAGAAGUUCUGGCAGAUCCUGACGGCCGUGGACUACUGCCACCGCCACCACAUAGUGCACCGGGACCUCAAGACCGAGAACCUCCUCCUCGACGCCAACAUGAACAUCAAGCUGGCAGACUUUGGUUUUGGGAACUUCUACAACGCCGGAGAGCCGCUGUCCACCUGGUGCGGCAGCCCGCCGUACGCCGCCCCCGAGGUCUUCGAGGGGAAGGAGUACGAGGGCCCACAGCUGGACAUCUGGAGCCUGGGCGUGGUGCUGUAUGUGCUGGUGUGCGGAUCUCUGCCAUUCGAUGGGGCCAGCCUGCCUGCUCUGAGACAGAGGGUCACGGAGGGACGAUUCCGCAUCCCCUACUUCAUGUCUCAAGACUGUGAGAACCUGAUCCGCAAGAUGCUGGUGGUGGACCCGGCCAAGCGGAUCUCGGUGGCCCAGAUUAAGCAGCACCGCUGGAUGCUGGCCGACCCGGCCGCCCCCCACCAGGCCCUCACGCUCUCCCUGAGCGACUACAACUCCAACCUGGGGGACUACAGCGAGCCCGUGCUCGGCAUCAUGCACACCCUGGGUAUCGACCGCCAGAGGACCGUGGAGUCGCUCCAAAGCAGCAGCUACAACCACUUCUCAGCCAUCUACUACCUGCUGCUGGAGAGGGUGAAGGAGCACCGCAACCAGCAGCUGAGCCGCCAGCCCUGCCCCACAGGGCCCUGGACGCAGAGGCCCCGCAGCACCUCAGACACCACCGUCCCGGAGUUGACCAUGGAGCCUAGCGAUGGCUUCCGCUCGGUCUUCCCUCUCCAGGCCAAGAAGAGUGCUCCGCUUCAUUCCGACAUGGAGUGCGACCAGGGCGGUCUCUUCCAGCGUGGCGUGGUGUGCCCCGUGGAGGGCGGCCUGAGCGGGCUGCUAUGGAGCCGCUCCAUCUCCCCCAACAGCCUGCUGGAGACCACCAUCAGCGAGGAGGUCCGCGGAGGAGGAGGAGUAGGAGGCCCCAAUCCCCGGGACCUGGAGGAGGAGGAGGUGGGAGGUGGAUCGGGCUCAGCCAAUGCCAUCCUCACGCCUCCCCACCUGCCCAGCACAGCCUCCCGCAGACACACGCUGGCCGAGGUGUCCGCGCGCUUCCACCAGUGCAACCCUCCCUGCAUCGUGGUCAGCCCGUCUGACGCCGCCUCCUCCGACAGCUGCCUCAAGUCCUCCUCCAACCCCCACCCCGCCCUCUCCGCCCCCGUGGAGGGGGGCCUGUCCGCCCUGCUGAGCUCAGGCCUGGGCCCGGGAGGCCUGGUGCCCGCCGGAAGCCCCCUGGCCCUCUCCUCCAACCGCCUGCUGCAGGCCCAGGGCAGCAUGCACGCCGCCAGCUUCCAGGAGGGACGGCGCGCCUCCGACACCUCCCUCACUCAAGGCCUGAAGGCGUUCCGCCAGCAGCUGAGGAAGGGCACGCGGACCAAGGGCCUGCUGGGCCUGAACAAGAUCAAGGGGCUGGCGGCGCGUCAGCAGGUGUGCCCCCCGACCUCCUGCCCCCGCGGCAGCCGCGGCUCCCUGGGCUCCCCCGCCAUGUGCCCGCCGGCCGGCUCCGGACGCAGCAUGCUGGAGGAGGUGCUGCACCAGCAGAGGAUGCUCCAGAUCCAGCAUCAGAGCCAGCCUCAGGUGCAGCCCCAGGGCCAGGUGACGGCCACCGGUGGCCAGCAGCAGCAGCAGCAGCAGCCGAUCGUCCUCUUCCUCUCCCAGACCCAUCAGCACCAGCACCAGCACCAGCACUCUCUCCCCCCCUCCCCUCCCGCCAACAACCUCUUCGCCCCGGCCGCCCUGUUCUCCGAGGCCCCCGUGCUCCUCCCCCUCUGCCAGCAGCAGACCCCGCUGGGCCUCCUCUCCCAGCCCCCACAGCCAUCCCAGCAGCCCUCCAUCUGGCAGCAGCACAUUGACUCCUGCUCUUCUACCUCCACCUCCUCUUCCUCUUCCUCCUGCUCCUCUUCCUCCUCCUCCGUGUCUCCCGUGGUGUCCACUGCUCACCUGCUGGAGGCUCGUCUCCACAUCAGCCAACCCUUGCAGCAGCAGCAGCAGCAGCCUCAACCCCCUACUGCCACCACCAUUUCUCACACCCAUCACCACCACCACCACCACCAGCAUCUCCUGUCCCUGCCGCAGAUCCAGGGGCCCUUCUCGUUCCUCGCUCCCCAGCAGGGUGGCUGGAGCCUGGGCAGCGGCGGCGCUCAAGAGCCCGAGGUGCAGGAGCUCCAGCAGCUCAGCAGCUGUGUGAUGGUGAAGUAAAAGGAAGAGAGACUAGCGUGGUGAAACGCUGGUUGACGCAGAGCUGAAGUUCAUACGCACGUGUGAACGAGAAGAGAAUGCUGAAGAAUGAAGGAAGAGUGUAAAUGGGGGAGGCGGUGAGACGAAAGACUGGCCAGAUUUAUCAGACUGGUUUUUCUCUCUUCUUCUACUCUCUCUCUCUCUCUUUCUAUCUAGCUGUAUCUCUGUAUUCCUCUCUUAGUUUGGACUGGUUGAAGCCAGUUAAGGAGCAGCAGAGAAGAUUUUUGUCACUACUAGACAAUUACAAACUGAAAGGCGUCGAGCUGAAAAAAUGAAGACACACCUGACUUAGUUCUCGACGGUAGCAAAAAAAAGACAAAGAAUUAAGGCGCUGCAUAAGGCGCUGCAGGCCGUAGAUUUUUUUUGUAAACAACGAGAAAAUACAAAAAAAAGAUGCAAGUGACAAUUCCACAAUUUUUGAACGACAUGCAAAAUGCACUUCAGUUGUCAGUGCUUGUCUGUCUUGUGCAUCUGUGAUUCCGACGAAAGAAGAAGCAAUAACCAAACUGUGAGUGGAGACCUUCCACUAAACGUCAGCCUCUCUUGAACUCCCCUACAAGCAAUAAGGAAUGGGUGGGUUUUUUUAACGCCGAAAGGGGAAUACUAGGAAGAGUGUGAAAGAAUGGACUCACUUGAAAAAAAAAAAAACUACUGACUUCCACAAAGAAAAAUCAUGUGAAGUCAGAUUUUUUUGUAUAAGCGUGCAAGAACUGCACGUCUUCCUGGUUUGAUUUCGUUUUUUUUUUUUUUUUAAGUUUGCAGACAAGGUUAUUUUUUAUUUUGUUAGGUAAGACCAAAGUUUUUUUUGUUUUCGAUUUUCAGAUUUUUCAGUUUGAUUUUACAUGCCUUUUUUGUAGCAAACCAGAAUGGAAACAAAUGCAGUAUCAGACAUCCUAAACUUCCAAAAUGUCUCAUUGUUUUGUCAACUGUGAUUUUCAAACACACCCAGCAAGGCUUGACUGGGAUUUAAAGCUGCUUUUACGUAGAGACAGAAAAGCGUGGAAAUGUUGCUACUGGUACGCGGUGAUGCUUUAACCCUGGAGGGGGAGGUUAUGUGAUCAUUUAGCUUGAUAACAGAAGCACAUCGAGUACUGCCUAACGUCUUCGACCAGGUGACUGCCCAUGCUCGGUGCAGUGUGUGUGUGUGUGUGUGUGUGUGUGUGUGUGUGAGUGUGAGUGCAGGACUGAACAUGAUCCUCUUUGCUGCUUUGUAAUACGGCAUGUUCUUUUCACACACUCAUAAGCACACACACACACACAUACAUGUAAACACACACACACACACACACACACACACACACACACACUGGGCCGUUAUUAGAGACUUGUGCUCCUGGUCUGGCGUCAAGUGUUUAAAGAUUAAUCCAAUUACUCACUGCAUUAGUCCUCAAUCCCCCUCCUAUGUGAAAAAAAACAAAAAAACAAAGCGAAAUUGAAGGCAUCAUCACUACCUCCUCCUCCACCAAGAUAGUAAUUUCAGAGCAGAAACUUGACUUGUGAGUGAGCUAUACAUGGAAAAUACUUUUCUUUCUUUUUCUUUCUUUUAUUUAAUGAAAAAGAUACCCAAGCUUAUCUUUUCUGUGCCUAGUUACAGCAUGGCACAUUUUUUCAUGCUCGCAUAAUAGAGAGAACAAGAAGCUGUUUUUUGGGGGGCAAUAGUGCAAUAUUUCACAUUGAAAUGUAGAAAAUCCAGAUGAGGAAGCUUGUAUAGGAAAACAAAAGAGGCUUCACAUGCCUAAAGUAGUUGUUUUCUAACUUCAUUUUUUAUGAUUGUAUGAGACGAACUGAACACAAGAGUGUAGAAUAACGUAUAUUUGUAUUUACUAGACGCCAUAUUGACUUGCAUUUUUUUGUUUGUUUUUGUUUUUCACUUUUUUGUCUACACACAACACAGGUUGCCUUUGAGUCCUUUGGUUAAAUGGCAGUACUAGUGUAAGCCAAAGAAAAUCUUGAGUGGGGAGAAAGAGGUAGAAGUAUCACUGCCUUUUUUGAUGUUAGAGAUCUCCAUAGUGCUCAGUGUGCUGCUUGUUAUUUUUUUAGCAUUUCACAUCAGCGAAAGCUGCUUCCAUGACUAGUUGCUAUGGUGAUAUAAAUGGAUUCUCCCUGUCUCACAAGGACCAUAGUUGUAUUUAUAUUCCUAUUAUUUUACUUGUGAAAUCCAGUUGAUACCAAUUCGUAGCAAUAGACUUUUCUGGAUACCUUUUCUCUUUUUUUGCUGGAGAUGCAUUGGUCUUAGGUGCUAGAAGUAGAUUGCAACCCUGUGUCUGAGUUUUAUGUGCUUUUUUUAUUUCAAAUGAACUGUAUGUUGUUAAAAUCACCACCGUUGAAUUUGCUAUGACAACAUAAUCGACUGGAGUUUGGUAGCCUAUCAUUUUCCUCCAUCAAUGGUGUUCCCACUUGUAUGCUUUGCUUAGCGUUGCUUCUUGUCAAGAACAAUACGAGACAAUGUUCAAAAAAUCCACUCAGUUAAAAAAAAUGGGUGGAAACACACAGUGUUAACAUGUUGCUCUGAUGUAGUUUUGAUUGGACUACUCAAGACCAACACUUGUGCCUUUUUUCCGAACAAAUCCUACAGUUCAUGUGGACAGAAAGAAAGUCAAUUUCAGUUCAGGAAACAAAAAGCACAUUAAACUGAGAACUACAACGCUUCAGUCUAUGGUUUUAAAACAAAUCCAUUUUUUUUAUACCUACGUUUACUCUGCUUUGUUGAAAAAAAUGCACUUUAUUAGAAUAUGCUCAUUUGAAGAAAAAAAAAAGAAUAAACCUCUUUUGUUUCCUGGGAAGAAUAAUCCAGAAGGUUACACCGACAUGUGAUGUAACAUUGAACAUUGGAAACACUACAACUUUUGAUGCAGAUCAGUACAAAUAUGUUUCUCCUGUUUUGGUUAUUUUCAAUUGCUGAUGUAAUUCUCAGAAUUCCUUGCUGUUUAUGUUGGCGUGCGUGCGUGUGUGUGUUUGAGAGUGAGCGUGAGAAAAGCGUGUUUUGUAUGAAGGUGAUAGAGUGACCUAGAAAUGACAAGAAUGUUUAUUUAUGUGGCUAUUUAUUUGAAUAAAAUUUACUUAAAAUAAAA